ACCAUUUUCAGGUAGUUGGAAACGUAAUUCAACCAACCGACAAAAUGGUACAACUUCUACAGAAGUUAGAGCUAAACAAACAUAUUCCAAAAUGAAAUUUGGAUUUACUUUAUUGAAGAUUGAUGAAAAUGAAAAUAUUGAAGAUAUAAAAUAUCGAUUUUAUGAAUUUUCAAACAAAGAUAUCGCAAAUCAACCACGUGAAGAUGCAAUUAUUCGAUUUUCCGAAUUUAUAAAUAAUGAUAUUAUAAAUGAAUCAGAUCAAAAACCGAAAUAUAUUGUAAAAAGAGCACCAGAAAAUUCUUUUAACAAAGAUAAUGAUGCUAUUGAUGAUUUGGCAAACAGAUUAAAAUAUGGAUUAUUAUUGCCCUCGUUAGAAUUUGAUUCUUUUGGUACUUCAGAUAAACUUGAAGAAUGUGUAAAAGGCAUUUCUCAUGAAAUAAAAGAAAUUGAUCCUCAAUUUUCUCUUCAAAAGAAACAAUUGAGAAUCUGUAUCUUUUUUGGUCGUGAAGUGUUUACAAAAAUUCAAGAGAUGGAAUUUGAUGUGAAGCGUUGGGCCAGAUUUAAAAGAAAUGGAGAAGGUUCCCUUUCAACUACAUACACCCAUUAUCAUUUUUCCAAAAUAAUCGAUAAGAUUGAUCAAAUCAAAGAAAGGUUUGGAUUAAAAGAAAGAGAUGAAGAUCAUGAUAAAGACAAAAGAAGUAUUAGAGUAUUUUAUACGAAAAAAGAAAAGAAGCAUAAAUUGAAGUUGGAAUGGAUUGAAGAUGUUUGGAAAAUCACCAGAGCAGCAGCAGCCGUUGAACGUGUUUCUUGCGUCGACAUUAUUUCAGGAUCUGAUGAUCCCGAUUUAAGACUUUCCGUAAAAAGUCAAUAUGAUUACAAAUGGGAAAGCUAUUUAGACAAUAUGGUGAAAAAAUUACAAGAGAAACCCAAAACUAAAAAUUUUGAUGGAUUGUGGUUCACCUGCAAAGAUUUUUCCGAUUUUCCCCCCGGUAUAGAAUGUGUCUGCGUCCAACAGACAUUUAAGAAACGAUGUUUUUAUAAUGACAAGUUUCAGCUCACUAUUGAUACAACAUGUCGUGAUAACGGGGGCAAAAUUAAGAACGAAGAUUCUAUUAGUGUAAAACAUCUUUCUUGGCGAACCAAUGAUGAUUUUGAUUUCGAAAAGACUGUUUUUGAAACGUUUGAUUUCGCUAAAGAAAUCAUUAAUUUUGUUAAUUAA